GACUCGUGCUUGCAGAUCAUUAGGCUUUCGUCAGUUUUGUCUUCUUUUUAGCGAUGUUUCUUCAAAUAUUUCACUGCUGCUAUGGCUAAAUUUGAAAAGAAAGCCGUACGCGAUUACCUGUCAAAGUUCUUGGCGUUUAGUCAGCUUUCCAAUGAAGAAACUCGAACGAAAAUCAACUUCGUUUUGGAUCAGCUGAACGCAUCCGAUAACUUGGAAAAAUUAAUUUCAAAUCCUUCCGAUAUAUCAGCGUUGGUUAUCAAAGGAUGCAACAUUAUCAAUGGUGAAUUUUCAAACCAGCAUUUGUUAGUGAAGUUUUUUCGCAUCGUUGGCAGAAUAUUAUCGAAACAAGAGACCGUUCUAGAGGAAAGAACCCUGAACUUAUUGGUUGAACGUGUUCUCACUUCCGCAGCAAACUGCUCAACUCUUGAUUUGUACGAAUAUUUGAAGUUACUCAGCUCACUGUUGCAUGGAAACGGGGUCAAAUGCAGACAGAAUUAUGAUGCACUUCUCAGCGAGCAAGGAUUUCUUUUAAAAUGCGCAGAAUCAAGAAAUUUUGAUGUUGAGACAAAAAAGAUGGCACUGAACUGCAUUAGUAAUAUCUGUAUGAAGGAUUCAAACGGUUCCUGUAUUCCAGAAGAAUAUGGACUCAUUGCGUUGUCAACCGUUCUUCGCAUUAUGCAGACUCCCCGGAGCAAAGAUAUGACAAGAGACGACCAUUGCAAAUUGAUUGAAGUUUGUUUAAAAGCGAUUCAAGAUAUUCUUCCUUGCAUAAAGACGAAAUUAAAACGUCAUCUGGGUCAGUUAAUCUUCGCAAUUAAGAAUUUCAUGUUUUACGGUUUUCCUGAUCAUGAAACCUCCUCGGAUUUCCUGUCGUCAUCUCCUCGGGAAUCUUCGUCGGAUAUUGAAUCGGAUGAUCUUUCCUUACUCCAAGUAUCUCUAAAUCCUGUGAAAGAAAGAGCUUUUCCCGCUCGUGCAGCUUUGAAGAAAAAAACGCGGCAAAAACGACGACAGAAAAACGCCGACAAAAAUGACGCUCUUACAGUGAACAUACAAGCCAAUGAAACUCUCAGGAAUGCUGAGCUGAGCUGGCGACUUGAUAAUUCUAUGAAUUCAACUCUGGUCAAUCCAGCUGCAUCGAGCUCAGAGUCCGACUGCUCCGAUGCGGAAUACGGCCAAAUUCGACGUUUAAGGUCUUCUUCAGCUCGUGUGAGAUGUUUAUCUCUGAUGUGUUUACAAGCUAUUAUAAAGAAUUCAGAGAAAAAAGAUCUUUUUGGCUUUUGGUCGUGUUUUUUUCCGGAUUCCGACAAUUCUCGAUCUUGGUCAUUAUUUACCAUCAUUCAAUGCGAUGCCAUUACAAAGAAUCGUAUGGCAGCGAUUUCAGUCGUCAUGGAUCUUCUUGAUGGAUGUAAACCAUUCUUGAGCGCCGCGGAUGAUAGUGACUAUAAACAGUCGUCAUCCCGUCCAUUUACAUCUUUCUCUUCGCGUCUUGGUUCCAUGAUACACGAACUUCACAGACUUGUUGAUUUCAUCACCGUGGAACAAUCAGACGCUGUGAGAUGUCUGCUUGUCAAGUGUUUGGCUUUGCUCAUUCUGAAUUCUCCCUAUCAUAAACUACAAAAUGGCAUGUUGACAAAAAUAGUUACCACAAUCCGACCAAUUUUGAAGGAAAACGACUUGGCGCAAAAACAAUCGUGUUUUGUGUGUCUCAGUGCCGUCCUAACUGUCGACGCUCCACUUGAAGAGGUCAUACGAAACAUGCAAAAAGAUGAUGUCGCAACUUGUAAAAGAGAUUCCGAACUUUUGUCGAAACAUGUCGAAAGGACACCGCCGUGCUCCGAAAGUUCUUUGCCCUGGCUUUUAGUGGAAUGUUUUGUUGUGCUUGAAGACAGUUUUGAAGAGCGUAAGAUCGACGAUGAAGAGUCAAUUAUGAGCAUUCGUUCUGAGGUUCUGCUCUUGUUGACUGUGUUCGUGCGAAAUUAUUUCAUGUUGCUAAGAUCAUUUAUUGCCCCUAUAACGAUGGCAAGUCGGCAAUGUAUCCAAUCAUCCAGUUCUACACUCAAGGUUAAUGCUAUCAAGUUACUACAGGAAGUGGCACGAAUUAUGUACAAAACAUUGACGACAGAUGGCGUGGAAACAAUGGCGACUGAGAUUUUUGAGUUUUGGUCCAAUCUUCUUGAAGGAGAGCUUUUAGAAAUCUUGCAAUCACAAGAUCCUUUAGAAAAGAAGGCGAAGUCUGCAGCUUGCGAUUGUUUAUCUGAUAUUGGUUCGACGGUACUCGAAGGGAUUGCUUUGGAUAAGAGAAUUUUGAUCAUUACCAUCUUGCUUGGGAUUGUCCAUGACGAUGAUGGAUAUGUAAGGGCGGCGUCAAUUCGUUGUCUUGGAGUGUUUGUUUCGUACCCACUGCUACGGGAUGAUGUGGUUUUUGUUACCGAUGCAGCCAGCGUUGCUUUGAACGGCUUGAAUGAUUCUGUGUUGUUAGUCAGAAUGCGAGCAGCAUGGGCUCUGGCAAAUAUCAGCGAUGUAUUGGUCCUAAAUAGAAACUCCGAGGACUCGACGUUUGUUUAUGGUUUUUCGGAAUCGUUGUUUUUUCGUUUGGUUGACGGUUCUUUAAAAGCGAGCGAGGAUAGCGAGAAGGUGCGCUGUAACCUCGUGCGCACGUUGGGGAAUCUUGGGAGAUAUUUUACUGUGGAACACAUGAAGGAGAAGAUCAUGAAAGAGGCAUUGGAAAAAAUGUACACUGUCUUGUCUAAGUGCAUCUCGAAUUCUCAAAUGAAGACACGGUGGAAUGCUUGCUAUGCCGCUGGUAAUUUAUACAGUAAUAUAUGUUUACCUAACGGACAGACCGCGGGCUCAAUCCAGCUACUGGAUUCGCUACUUACCAGUAUAUCGACGUGCAAAAAUUUCAAGGUACGGAUUAACGCCGUCAACGCCAUAGCUGUACCUAGGUCACGUGAUUGCUAUGGCAGCGAAGAGCAGUUCCAGAAAGUCUGGUGUUGCCUUCUCGAAAGUCUAUCGGCAACUGAAACCAUUUCGGAUUUCUCAGAAUUUCGUUAUCGUGAUAACUUAAGACAUCAGAUAUGUUUAACUCUUUGUCACAUAACAACUUUAAUCGAGACGGAAGAUAUAGAAAUGAUUGCUAGUACCUUGAAAUCACAUGAAAAAAACGUCAUCAAGCAUCUCACAAAUCAUUAUAGAGAUCAGUUAUCAAAGAGUGUAGAAGAAGGUUGUUCCAACGAGGCAACUUCUUGCAUCGUACGCACUGAUUGCGCCUUUCUUGUUGCGUACGAACAUGCGAUGACGUUCGCAUCAAGGGCAGCGGUAACAGUUCAAAAUGUUUACGCCGAAGCGAAACUCAGUGCAGAAAGACAUUUCAGCGGGGAUGAGCGAUAGCAGGAGUCGAGGUUAGUUCUUGACGAUAUUAUAAUCUCUGUGCUGGGGCUAAAAACCUGUAAUGCAAAGGGUUACGAGUUUUCAGUCUGUAAUCCACAGUAACGGUGUUUAAAAUGCGGCAAUUUCCAAUACACUGUGGUAAAAUCGCAAUGUUUAAGUUCUCGUUUCUUAUUCCCCGACAUUUUUUGAAUAUCGGCCGCUUUUACCUUGAUUUUACCUUGAUGCAAUGCGUGGUUCUUUUCGGUCGAUUUCAAUUCCAAAUUUAUUAUCAAAGGAAGUUUGUUCGACGGAUCUUCUCAGUCUGUAUCAGAGUGGAAUCAAUGAUCGUCUAAAGGUUCUUGCCUUUCAGAAUUUCCUAAAAAUCAAUUCUGUAUUUGUCAAUUACCGACGUUCAGUAAGCUUGCUCGUGAAUGAUUGAGCGACUUCCAAUUUUUCACUCCAAAAACCAGCUCGCCUUUUGUCAAACGGCUAUGUAAAGUGGGCUUACUUUUUAUCCGCUGACCGCUUAAGGUUUGUGGGCUCACUUCUUUCAAAUGUCCCUUCAAUUCGCGUACGAGCCGUAGUUGAACUUCGCCAUCUUUCGUCGUCAAUAUCGGCCUGUACAAACACAGAUGUUCAUUUUUGGACAAAGUUUCUAAAACUUGAUCUCCGAGUUUUUUACAACGUUGUUUUCGUAAUUCGUCCAUCUCUUCUCUGUUUUUUGAUAUUUUCUCAUUGACAUUUUGAUUGUUUAAACUGCUUGCUCUUGAAACUGGCGGAUUUUUAUAAUCGAAGUUUGCUGGUUUCACGCAGCGUAUUUCCCCACUUCGUCUUUUGUCUUCUUCCUUCUCCAUUGGCAGUAACUCGCUUCGUGUGACUCUCCUUAUUUGUACUUUUGUUACGAAGGGAUAGUGUGUUUCACUCUUUGCGUUUUUCAACUCAGGUUUUUCAAUUGGUUUCAAUCUUUUAGCUGUUGUUACUGCUCUCUUUUGUAUAAGUGUUUCACUGGCCAUAGUUUUUCUUCGGAUUUCUUAAAGAGAUAAUUUAUUAUAACAUCCCAUGAUGCAUCACAUUUCACGAACAUUACAUACUAUUAUAAAUAUUCACGUAUUAUUAUAUACAUUUGAACAUUUUGUGUUGUGAAUACAUCAAAAGACAUUUUCACAAUUUAA